CGGCGCUCAAGAAAGACGUAAAAGGAGUAGCGCGCACAGCGCCCAAAGCAGACGCAAAGCGGGCUGGUAGCGCGUUGUUGAGGCCUUUGGCUGGUGGACGCAAGCGCCAUGGAACGCUACGCCGGCUCCUUGGAGGAAUCAGUGGACGGGGCCCGACAGCAGGAGAGGCACUACCAACUGCUGUCGGCGCUGCAGAGUCUGGUCAAAGAGCUACCCAGCUCCUUUCAGCAGCGCCUGUCCUAUACCACGCUCAGCGACCUGGCCCUGGCGCUCCUUGACGGCACCGUAUUCGAGAUUGUGCAGGGGCUACUGGAGAUCCAACAUCUCACCGAAAAAAGCCUGUACAACCAGCGCCUGCGGCUACAGAACGAACACCGAGUUCUCAGGCAGGCCCUGCGGCAGAAGCACCUGGAGGCCCAGCAGGCCUGCCGACCCCACAACCUACCUGUGCUCCAGGCAGCUCAGCAUCGGGAGCUAGAGGCAGUAGAGCAUCGGAUCCGGGAGGAACAACGGGCAAUGGACCGGAAGAUUGUUCUGGAGCUGGACCGGAAAGUGGCUGACCAGCAGAGCACACUCGAGAAAGCAGGGGUAGCUGGCUUCUACGUGACCACCAACCCUCAGGUCCUGGUAUCCACCUCCAGGCCAGGGCAGAAGAGCACCAGGUGGUGUCAUCUGGCCCUCACAGGGGCCCCUUCUGCAUCCCAGGAGCUGACGCUACAGAUGAACCUGUUGGAACUCAUUCGGAAGCUGCAACAAAGGGGCUGCCAGGCAGGAAAGACAGCCCUAUGAUCAGGUGGGGGUCCCUGCUGGCUACCACUACCCAGCGUUGCUGGGAAUGCAGCCCUGUCAACGAUCACCAGAAAGCUGCAGAGAACUUGUCUUCCUGGUAUUUGGCCACUUGCCAAAUUUGAUGCCCAUUUACCAGCGGGCAUCACCAUUCUAAGGUCAGGCCAGGUGAACCCUGGCUGCUCACAGGAGGGUGAGCCAGCUGGCCAUGGGAGUACUGCCCACCUUCCUUAGGCCUGCUGCACCCCACAGGACCCUCCUUUGCUCCCCUCCUGCAUGCCAUUCCAAGUGUACCAGCCUCCAUGGGAAGUCAGCCAUAUGGCCCCAUUGCCUGGCACCCUGUAGGCCCUGGUAUCCGCCUCUGGGUGGAUACCUGUCACCCACCUUUGUCUUGGGUUUUCUGUGCAAACACUAGGAUGGUGUCAUAAAAAGGAGGGAGGACUGGCCUACCCAUUGUCUGCCCCAGUGCUGGGUGGAGACCAGGGCUAUUGGUUCUAUACCUUCCCAUUCCAUUGGCACAUCCAAACCUCUGCCAGGCCCCAGGUUUUAUGGUCUUGGCCUCUCCCUUGGCAGCUAAAGCCCCCAAGCAGAAGGAAUUCCAGCGCACAAGUCCUGUGACCCAAAGAAAUAAAGGCACCUGCACAUGGCUGUUGUGUCUCAUUU